AUGCAUGCGAGAGCAAAUCGCAAUCUUGCCUCAAAGAACCCAGCUGUUGCAUGGUCUGCAACCCAGGAGAUGUCUGCUGCUGUUCGGGUGCUGCAAAGUCAGCUCCAGGCGCUGCAAGCCGAGAAGGGCCAGGUCGCAGCUGCAGUGACGGCCAUGUCACAGCAGCAGUCAAGCCUGGAAGCAAUGCAAGAAGAACUCCUGGCCGGAAUGGCUCGUCGGCCUGAUGAGGCCCGCAUGUCCGUGGUGGAGCAUGGCAUAGCAUCGCUCCAUGCCAAGCAGAACGAGCUGUCAGCAACUCUGCAGGGCAUGAUGAGUCUCAACGCAGCUGGUGAGCAUGUGGGAUCCAUGGACAAAGUGGCGGUUGCCGCCAUGCUGCAGCCGCUGCAGCAGAGGAUGAGCCGGCAGGAGACAGACCUGAAGGAGAUGCGCUCAAAGGUUGAGCAGCUGCGGGUCUCUGACACCGAGGUACUGAAGGGUGAGAUGGCGACAGUUGCGGAUGCUAUGACAACGCUCUGUGUCAAGAUCGAAGAAAUGGACAAUUUGAAGGCCGUGAACGAUCGGCUCAGCAGUGAGCUAGGCACUGUGGCCAAAGCUUUAGCCAACCUUGCCGACCGAGUCGACCGACUAGAGGGGAAGACACCCACGAACAGCAUUGCCUCUGCAGGCGCUGAGGUGGCGUCCGCGCCCACUCCGCGGGACCCCCGGCGCAGCGACCGCAAGGCACCAAGCCCCCGGAGGUGGCUACAGGCGCGGGGAAAGGGAGGGGCAGUUGUAGACGAUCGGAAUCCGGCUCAGAGAUUCGGAUUUCCAGCUUGA